UGCUGCUCUGACUAUCAGGGGAUUCAGUUUGUGAAAAGGCUUCAGAAACUAACAUCAAAGGAGGUCGUGAGAGCUGAAGUGGCAGCUUAUUAUGAUGAUUUUGAUGAGGCAGAAAGAUUGUAUAUACAAAUGGACAGAAAGGACCUUGCAAUUGAGCUAAGAGUAAAGUUAGGUCACUGGUUUCGUGUGCUGCAGUUACUGAAGUCUGAUGGAUCUUUAGCUACUGAUGUACAAAUGGCUCAAGCAUGGAAUUCCAUUGGUGACUAUUAUGCAGAGAGAGAUAUGUGGGAACAUGCAUUGGGGUAUUACACUCAGGCUAGCAACACAGAGCUAAUGGCUAAAGCCUUCUUUAUACUGGAGAAGUUUGAUUCACUGGAAUCACUAGCAGAUGGCCUACCAGUCAACCAUCCUUUAUUACCA